UAGGUGUAAUUGUGCACCACGAUGAGUUGCGUAUGACUAAACUGUGAUAUUAUUAUCCUACAAUCGACGUAUUUGAAAGAUUAGAACUAUAUUAAACUCAGAUUGCCGCUACGAUCAAAGCUUCAUCGAUGACGUUAUUACGAAAGCUUUUUUUUCGUUUAUCUGACGUAUUCGCCCAGUGAAUUUGUGAUCCGGUGAAAUUGAAACUAACGUCAUAGAGCGAAUCCACGUAAAAUGAGUAGGUGGAUCUUCACGUAUACUUUUAUUCAAUUACUGUUCCUCAUUCGAGCGGAUAAUGAAUUCCAUUAUGUGGAUCAAUCCGUACAACCAUGCGAUAACUUCUAUAAGUUUGCCUGCGGAAAUUUCGAAAAUAUUCAUCCAGUGCCCGAAACAUUCACAAGUUGGGAUGGAUUUGUACGACUUCAGAAAGAGGUCGACGAACGAUUGAAAAACUUGUUGGAAGGAGACAAAACUCAGGGGGAUUCAAAAUUUUUCAUGAAAGCUCAAGAGAUGUACGCAGGAUGUAUGGAUUCGAAGACUCGAGAUAAAAAGGGUAUCUCCCCGAUGUACUCCGAGCUCAAAGGAUGGCCGAAUAAAUUCAAUGCGAGCGCGAGGACCAAAGUUACUUCAGCUGACUGGCAAAGAAUGGCAAAUUUCGUCGCUAAUUUCGGCAUCCAAUUUAUCUUCAAACUCACAAUUAGAGCCGACGUACUAAAUGCGACUAGAACGUCGAUAUAUAUUGAACAAGAUGACCUCGCACUUCCGGCUUCGCUGCUAUCAAAACCGGUGCAGAUUUUGGAUAAUAAUUUUUCUAGUAGAACGAACUCCGACUUUAUACUAUAUUUAGCCAAAAUCAUGGAAGCACUGAGAAAUCACAGUCGGAGCAGUCUAUCAGACAAGGACAUACUAGCAACGGCAAAGAGCGUCAACGAAUUCAUGACAAGUCUCACAGACGCAAUGAAUUUAGAUUACGGAGCAGAUCAAACUGCAGCUGCUAGCAUUCCCAGUGCCGGAACUACCACAGUGGGAAAAUUGCAAGCAUGGACUGAUGAAAUACUUGUUAAUUUUAGCGAUUCAAUCAAUUGGAAAACGUACCUGCAGACUGCGUUUAAAAAAUCUGGGGUCAAAAUAACCGCUGAUACCCAAAUUUUUAUCACGAAUAGGAAGGUGUUGCGUAAUCUGCUGAUAUACGUACACGAUUCUGCGAAAGAAUUAUUGGAUGAUUUCAUCUUUAGCCGAUUAGCUAGUUUUAUGGCACCCGAAACUUCAUCAGAUUUGUACGAGCUGUCCAUAAAUUUUUACACCAAACGGGGCUACAUACCUCCGAAUUAUCCAAAAUGGAAAUAUUGUCUUCAUAAGGUUGUAGAUUUUCCAAAAAUCGGUCUGAGCUUUGCCGUUGCCCAAAAAUACCGAGAUAUCUAUAUUAGUGAAAAAACAGUCGAGCGGGCAACACAAAUGAUCGAAAACCUGAGGGACGCUUUAGAAGAGCUGAUAGUAGAGGCGGAGUGGAUGGAUGAUUUUACUAAGAAUUAUGCGAUAUAUAAACUGAAGAGUAUUUUGAUACUAACCGGAGGACCAGAUUCCAUGAAAACAAAACAAGAAGUCCACCGAUAUUAUAAAAAGCUACGAAUUUACAAGAACGAUCAUCAUGGGAAUAUAAACAGACUCCGAAGUUUCAAUCAAGCUAAAAACUUCGCGGAAGUGGGCAAACCGCGAAACAGAAAUAUAUGGACCCAAUCCCCGCUAAUCGUCAAUGCCUAUUACAACGGCUUGAAUAACAGAAUAUUGUUUCCCAUCAGCACGAUGAGAGAACCACUUUUUUCAGAAAAUGUGACAAGUCUCCUUGAUUACGCGCGCAUCGGUUCGGUAAUGGCACACGAACUUACGCACGCAUUCGACAGCGAAGGAAGACUUUUAGAUGCAGAAGGCUCGUUGGGCAGCUGGUGGUCCCAGUUGACUGCGAGGAUUUAUGCCGACAAGACGAAAUGUUUUGUCAAUCAAUACAACAAAUACGUUGUGGCGGAUUCAAAUUUUACGGUAAAUGGCGAAUACACAUUACCCGAAAAUAUUGCUGACAAUGUUGGACUAAGAGCUGCACUCAGAGCAUUCAAGAAUGAUAUGAAAAAAAAUAUUCCGUUAAACGCUGGAAGCUCCAGCAAUCACUACACAGAAGAUCAAAAGUUCUACUUGUCUUUUGCGUCCAUUUGGUGUCAUGUUGGAGCAUUAACAACAAGUGACAAGCAUGCACCCUAUGAAUAUCGAGUACGAGGCCCGAUACAAAAUAUGGAACAUUUUUACGCAACAUGGCGAUGCCAGAGAAGAGUUAAUCGGCAACAGACAAUUUCGGCGAGUUCUAAUAGUAAAGGCAAUGACAUAUGUAUACUAUGGUAGUAAAGUUCAGAUUAGUUCUGAAAAUCAGCAUAAUAAUUAAUGGUUUGGUAACACAAGUGAUAUUUACAACUGCUUGCGCAUGUAUACAGUACCUUUAAACACACAUCACCAAGAAUUGAAUAGUCAGAGUAAAAACAUCCGCACAGGAAACCGACAGCUUAGGGCACAUGACCGUUAGAAAAACAAGACGAUGUUGAUAAAAAAUUUACUUCAUUUUAAUAAAAUAGCAACACCCUUACACUACAACGAUUCACUAUCAUUCGUGAUAAUUUGCUUCCGCCCAUUUGAGAAUUCACCAUUUAUUACUCAUAAUCAGAGUAGUAGCUAUUCGUUUUGUCGAUUUUUUUCAUCCACUCUGAACUUUCACGUGUUGUUUAUUGUUGUAAAAAUAGUAAUAAUUCGUCCAAUAUGUUUCAACUUGCGAAUAUACCACAUGCCAUAAAUAAUUGAAACUAAUAAACUUAGUCACGUUCGUGCAACGUAUAAACGUAACACGUAUGUACAACUUUUCGUGAUUGAGUGAUCAAAAAUAUAUGUUUGUAAUAUAAAUGCACGAAGUAUGGGAGGAAUAACUUGUUAUUGUCUUUUGAGGAAAUUCAUAUGUGACUUCCAACUCGUUGAAUAAUAAAUAAAAGUGUGUAUACGAA